GAAAAGUGUGUGAAGAGUGAAAUACACUUAGAGUAGAAGUGUAUUGGUGAGGAUUGGUUUUUUGUAAUAGUUGAGUGUGAGAGUUUGCUCCUCCUAUUGUAAUUCUGUUCUUGAUAUUGAAUAGAAGAAUUUUCCAAUCCCAACAGAUUCGACAUCUUUCUCUCGCUCGCUCUUCUCUGCGAUCUAUCAGCUCUUCACACUCCAAAACCAAAGCCCCAGAAUCGAAUAAGCUCCAAAUGCAUCAACGUAAUUGAGCAGUGCAUGCUAGAACCGCCACAUACAAGGUGGAACUCGCGUCCAUUCCCGCUCUUAAAUCUGCAUUAAGCUCAAACAAAAGUAGCAGAUAUUACACGACACGAAUUAAUGCAGAGAAAGACGCAGAGAUCCGAUCUGGACGACGACAAACCUUCACAUCGACGGCUUAAAGUUGUGUGGGUUUGACCGAGGGGAAGUUGAAGGUGACGGGAAGAUUUGGGUCCGCCGGUGAGUGGCCGAUGAUGUAUGAGAGUAUAAUAAUACGACUAUAAAUAGGGGAUUAGGAGAGGGGAUACGCAAUCGAUAGCCGCUUCAGCAUGAACCCAAAGUACAUACGGGGUACGUCGUAUAAUAAUUGUAUAAUUAAAGAGAUUUAUCUAACGAAAAAUUAUAAAAAUAUGAUCACUAAUUUAUAUUCAAAUGUUAUAACGGAUGAUAUACCGAUUACAUAUGAUUCUUCAUCUGAUUCUUAUAUUGAUAGGCUCGUGAAGUUUACCAGCAUUCAGUUCGAGCAAUUAGGAAGGACAAACACCCGAAAAUUGUGAGAUGGGGUUGUGGUUUUGGUCUGACAUCUUAUUUGGCUGAGAGUUAUGUCUGCUUCAUGUGAGCGUGUAUUUUGUUUUCACCUAGCAAUGUCUGGAGGUUGUGUCUUCCUCAUCGGUGUAAUCGAUCGAGUGGUUCAUUAUUCAUGGUUGACAACACAAGUUUAUUUUGAAUCUCCAAUUACUCGCCCUCCUCCUGAACCACCGCCUUACUCGAAGAAAAAGAUAGCGCUCAACAAGAUCUCCUUUUCGGUGGCUGGUCAAACUGAUGAUUCAAACAAUUUCUGCCCAAUUGAAUUUCCUUUGUUGGUUGAUGGUCAAACCAAUUCUCCUGUUCCGGUGGCUGGUGAAGCCGGAUCUUAUAGUUGCAAUUUUGUAUUUUCUCUUUGGAGUAGCAAGAAGAGCAGCAACGCUGUUAGACUAGACUACAUUAUUGCGAGAUUAGCG